AUGAGCCUUCCAACAGAAGUCGUGCGUCGUGGUUACUCUUCAGAGGUGCAUAUGCGAGGGGAUUUAAAUUUGGUCGUGCAAGAUGCGUCACGUCAAGCUAUCGUAUAUAAACCCUUUCUCUCCUCUUUAUCAUUACAGCUAUCCAGCAAACUAUUCACUAUGUACUCUUCAGAACAAAGCAAGUGGGUAGCAUUCCAAUUCAAGGACCCUUUUGCCGCAGACAAGUUUUUCGUCUGCCACGUGGGCAAGGGAACCUGCUGUCGCCCCAACUGCGACCUGGGAUUCUCCAGUUUCAACAAGUCUGACAUCAAGUUUGUGGAUCAACUAAGCGAGGCGGUGGCCAAUGGCUUCCGUCCUUGCAAGCACUGUCUUCCAGACAGAGAGUCCCAUCCUGAAGGAUUAUCAGACAAUUUUGUGUCAAUCAAUUUGGACCUCCUUGUCAAGACGGUUGAGCACGUGAACGAGUCUAUUGGGUUCAUCAAGCCGCUGAUGGACGAGGAGGAUGACAAGAACAGCGCUCUGAAGGAGACUCUAUGGAAGAGCAACAACAGCGGGCUGAAAAAACGGCUCUCCGGGGGUCCUGUGGACGACUCGGAGGAGGUGCCGUUGACUCGCAACAAGUUUGACCACCUGAAACUGAUCGACCUGGCAUGCCGCCACAUCGCACUAGCUGCUCUCUCUGCAAGCUGUGGGGUUUCCAUGGGAGAGGAAGCUGUUUCCAGAUCGCCCUCGCCGCCUGAGAGCAGACGAGGCAGCGUUGCCCGUCCAAGCCGCAAGAAGAGGCGGAGAGGCGGAGUGCUGGGAUUCAAGGAGUUGGCGUCCAAGUCGAACCUGAGUCCAUGGCACUUCCACAGAGUGUUCAAGAGCGUGACCGGCCAAACCCCUAAGGCGUACGGUGACAAGUGCUGGGAGUACAUCAGCAGACAGGAGGCCAAGCAUCCUGAUCUGCACAAGAGAAGAGACUCCAUCAUUAUCAACACGCGCAUUGCCAACCCUACUCUUGCCAACGAGGAGGACGAGGUCAGACACUCUGACGACGACAAGGACGAACGGUCCACUAUCAGCAGCUCCGAGCCCGAAAAGGAGCCAGAACAUAUUGUCACCCCACUCUCGGCCCCAGUUGUUCCUGUGGAGCCAGACCAAUUAUUUAAACAAGACUUCAACCUCGCGGUGAUGGACGACUUCACUUCGCCGCUCGAGGCCACUACGCCGCUCACUUACGACCCUUCUGUUGCAUUUCCUGGUUCCGCUACAAUGUCGCCUAAUGUGAUGUCCACAGUGCCUUCUUCGGCCACCUCGUUCCAGCUGUUUGACGAGAUCGACGACCUCAUGGCCACUAAGGCGCCGGAGGCGCCGCUCGACUUCGAGUCGUACCAAUACACUCCGUCAAUGGCGUACAUUUCGAACCAGCAGGCCCAGCUGCAACGCCAGCGCCAGCUCGAGGAGACCGAGAUCGGCGAUGAUUGGCUAGUGGGACUUAAGGACGACCCAACAAACUUUAUGAUUAAGGACGAACUGGUCAACUAUAUAGGAUAA